AUCUCCACCGAAGAAUUGGAACAUCAGCUCAAAUUCAUAAUGCUUACACAACCAAGUUAAUCUUGAACACUGUUAUUGAUUUUGUAGGAGAAAGUAAUUCUUGCACUUAUUGUGAAGUAGGAAUGAGCAGUAGUUAUGUUGUGAGAAGGUAAGAAACGCUUCGAUCAGGGUGGGAAUGAAAGCUUCGUUGCAUUAAGCAAGAAUACUUUUAGAAUCUUUAUUAUGGUUUAACUCGUUGAAACUUCCCGGAGAUUGUAUUGGCCAAUCGUGGAGUCAAUCUUAUGCUCGUGAAUUAUCAAGGAUUUCUUGAAUUCAUUGAUCUUGAACCCACUGAUACUCCGUUGACAAUCUUUGGUGCUGUCUCAAGAAACGUUAUAUCGUCAAGUGCUUGUGUCUAAGAAUGAAGCAUAUCAAGUCGGUUCUCUAACUGGAGGCAUUAUCGGAAUCUGUAGCCUCGCCACCAAGAUCGCUUCUGUCCUUGGGGGUGCGGUUGUGUCAAUGGAGAACUACCACGAUCCGUCACUGUCUGUUGAUGAUAGCAACGACUUUGAUACCCUCGACUUUAUGCUAUUAAUUCGAAAUUUGGAGUGGGACAGGACCUGUUGAAGGGAAAGGAUAUUAUGAUGCCGGAAUUUGAUUUCCAAGAGAAAAAGCGCUCAGGUUUUCUUUUGAUGAAGGCUCCGAAGUCCGGUGUGGUUCUCGUUGAAGGUACUUACGCACUUCAUUCCAGAUUGCGUCCUCUGCUGGACAUCAGUGUGGCUGUGGUUGGAGGCGUUCAUUUUAAUUUGCUUUCAAAAGUUCGUCGGGACAUUGGCGAGACCUUGUCAUUGGAUCGACUGAUAGACAGUAUUUUUCCUAAUUUUCGAACAAAUAUUGAACCGGAUCUCCAUCAUGCUCAGAUCAGGAUUAGCAACAGUUUUGUUUCUGCAAGUCUCCGCGAACCAUAUUACAUUUUGAAGUCAGAGAAGCAGUUGUUGAAGACUUCCAUUGAGAUGCUGUUCAAUUCAGAAGAUGUGCGCCAUGAGCAAUAUAUUGAGAUGUACUUGAGACCUCCAGCCCAACAGGACAGUUCAAAAACGAGUGACUGGAUCAGGAUGAGGCAGUGUGGCAUCAGAUAUGAACUUGCGGAGGGAUAUCAGAGAAUUGUUGACAAAUUUUUUAUUAUUAAACCCAAAGCUGAAUUUGAGGUGGGGAAGACCACGUUAGGCGGUUUACUAGCGUUAGGAUAUCAGGUUGCCGUGAGCUUUAAGCGAGAGUCAGCCAUUAUCGAUAAUGGCAAAGUAUCUAUAUCUAUUGAGACAAUUGAUGAUGUGAAUAAAUUUUUCAUUCAAGUUAAAGGGACUGAUCGCAAGGUUGUGGCAGCUGAAGCAGCUGCAAUUGGUCUUGAUGGGCCAUGGAUCACAAAAUCGUACAUGGAAAUGGUACUAGAUAUCAAAGGGCUUCCACGAUUGGAUUCACCGCCACUGCCAACUUCAGCAUUUUCUGGUUCACGAACACCUACACCUCCAGCACCUCUGAAUAGAGGAGAGCCGAGUGUGUUGUCACCAGUUCCAAUCCGGCUGAAACAGUUGUCUCCUCUGAAGCCUUCGGACACCUUGGAGACCUGGACGAGGUCGCCAACUAAGUCAGAUAUAGACCCAGUGAUCGGGUCCUGGCACCUUACAACUUCUGUCAGAGAGGAUGAUAUAGUACCUGAGACUGGUUCCUUAAUUUCAGCAGUUCCGGGUUUAAAUCAUUCUGUGAUGUCUCCAAAAGAUGCAAUCAAGCUUCUUCCAAUGUCGGAGACAUUUGACUUUGAUAGAGGUCUUCUUUUGGCUGUACAAGCAGUUCAGACACUCCUUAACGCACGAGGUCCCCCUGUGAUUGUCGGCAUUGGUGGACCGAGUGGAUCUGGCAAGACUAGUUUUGCCCACAAGAUGGCAAACAUAGUGGGUUGUGAAGUUAUCUCUAUGGAGAGCUAUAUUAAUGCCGAAGAAGUGAAGGAUUCUAAUUAUGAUGAAUUCAGCACGUUGGACUUGCCUCUAUUGCUUAAGAACAUUGAGGAUUUGAAAACUUUACCUUCAACCAGGAUUCCUGUAUUCGAUUUUGAGAAAAAUGUGCGAAGUGGCUCAAAGGAGCUCACAGUUACUGAAGACUGCGGUGUGGUCAUUUUGGAAGGGGUGUACGCGUUGCAUCCCAACAUUCGACCAUUCCUGAAUCUUUGGGUGGCUGUGGUUGGAGGUGUGCAUUCUCAUCUGGUUGCUAGAGUUCAAAGGGAGUUGGAACAGAGCGGACGGCCCAUCUCACAGCAAGAAGUGAUGACCACAGUCUUUCCCAUGUUCCAACAAGAUAUUGAACCUCAUCUUGUUCAUGCUCAUUUGAAAAUUUCCAAUGACUUUGAUCCUGUUCAUUCCCCUGAAAGCUCAAUGUUCGUUCUCAAAAGCAGUAAGCAGGUUUCAUUUGAGGAGAUAGCAAAAAUAUUGGACCCAGAAAAGAUAGUGAAAACGGUGCAAAAAUUCACUGACAUAUAUUUUCACCUACCGGGUCUUCCCAAAAACGGCAAUGGUACAGAAAGCAAUUGGAUUCGAGUGAGAAACUGUGAAGGAAGGUUCGCACUUCUGAUCCGUGAGCCUAUAAGAGAAGGAGAUUUCAUAAUCCAGCCCAGGGUGGACUUUGAUAUUAGUGUCCGAACUGUGGCGGGGCUUUUGACACUCGGGUAUCAAGCAGUAGCUUACAUCGAGGCUACAGCAACUAUAUACCAAGACGAUAAGCUUCUAAUUGAAGUUGACCAGUUACAUAACAUUCCGACUCCAUAUAUUCAAAUUAAAGGCUCCAACAAAGAGACGGUUGCAACCGCAGGACUAGUCCUCAAUUUGGAGGGCAGUUAUACCACUAUGCCAUACAUAGAAAUUAUACUUGGAACGGGCCGACAUAAGAAGGGUGUGGAGGAUCCACAGGCAGCACGCCUGCAGGAACUUGUGGAUUACGUUCAAGCCCAGGGAGCCAGUGCUGGCUCUGAGAUUCUUGAGGAACCUUCAGUUUUAGCGGAGUGCGUCUGGGAAGACAUAAACAUGCGGGUCCGGAAUCUUGAAAAAUGGAACAUGGUCAACAAGGUAUUAUGGACGUUCCUCAUGUCAGCUUUCGCAGGUUACUUACUCUACCACCGCACGCAGCGGUCACGUUCCUAGCACUUAAUCUGACCUAUCACUGGUUUCCAUAAAGCUGUAAGCGGGAGCUGUAAUGAGCUGUGCAUGGGGACAACAUUUUUACUAUCGAGUUUCGAAGUCUCAAGUGGCUCUUUUCUUACGAUACCCCUCUAAUAUCGUUUGACAUGAAAGGAUUGUUAAUACAAAACGAGGUCAAGUUGGGUAGUGCUUUACACGGUUCACUGAUAUCGAACCCAAGGGCCAUUUUAACAUUUACCUCUGACUCGAUGACCAAUUUUAAUUCCCAGAGCAGUACGUUCGGCUGUACUUGGCAAUGUCGUGCCUCUCAGCCAGCCUACAGUAGUGCCUUUGAGCAUCCCAUUUAUUUAUUGACUUAAUGUGAUAAGCAUUGAUUUAAUAUUCUUAUUGUAGAAAAGUAGGUUAUGUUGGGCAUUUUUGAAAUCUGGAUAAAAUAUUAGGUUGGUAAUCACUUUUCAUGAUUCUUGCGACACCAUGAAUUGUGAACUGGCAGUGUCCUGAAACUGCAAAGUCCUUGUCAGCUUUGAUUGAUCACUUGCAAACUAUCUGAAGUUA